AUGAGCGAUCCUGGCGGCUGCACCUUGCGGCGGCUGCCGACGGCAGCGGAGGUGGUGGGGCGGCUCAAGGAUGAUGGCGACUUCGAUGCUCUCCGCCGCGCCAUCGUUCGGAAGGUCAAGGACAACGAGGUAUUACGGAACAAAAUCAUCUCAGAGGUAAAGCAGUCAGUGGUUCUACAAGAGGAUGGAUCUGAGAGGAUGAAAUUAAAAGACCUAUCUGAUGCAAUUUUUCAAGAUAUUGGGGGCAAAAUAAUGGGUCAAAUAUCAGAUGAGGUAUGGAAUGUCAUCAAGUCAAAUGAAACUGAUAUACAGGGAACUGUGAAAGCCGUCUACAAUAGGAUACUGAACCCUGAAAAGGUCCCUGAGCCUUCUACCAAGAAGCUGAAGCGGAAAGGCAAAGAGGAACAAGUUUUGCCAACAAAAACAGCAACUACCGUUGCAGUCGAGGCGGAAGAUGAUGAUCCGGAGGAACCACCGGGAUUUGGUUUCAGCAAUACUCAGCGUAAUGAUAUAGGAGCAACAAAGCCACCGAUGAAUUUGGAAAAUGGUAAUGAAGCGAAACCAAAUGGAGGUGAGCCAGCUGCUAUCAGCAAUCCAGGGGAUGAGGAGGAGGAUCCUGAAGUGCCCCCUGGAUUUGGUUAA